AAAAGCGGAGAUUUCUCUGUUGCGCAUGUGCGCGCUCUCAGCCUGAUGGGAGUUGUAGUUCUGCGGGUGAAGCCCGACGUUACUAUCAAGAAACCAAACUGCAAGCUCUGGGAGUUGUUCGCUGUCCCUACCCUGCUCUGCCAGGGAGAGAACGCCAGAAGGAGGCGGCUGGCCCGGCGACAGGCUCUCAAAACCGCUACCAGCGAUGCUAAUGCUGUGGGUGUCGCUGGUCGCAGUCUCGGCGCUAGCGGUACAGGCCCCCGGAGCAGGGGAGCAGAGGCGGGGAGCAGCCAAAGUGCCCAACGUGGUGCUGGUCGUAAGCGACUCCUUUGAUGGAAGGUUAACAUUUCAUCCAGGAAGUCAGGUAGUGAAACUUCCUUUUAUCAACUUUAUGAAGGCACGUGGGACUUCCUUUCUAAAUGCCUACACAAAUUCUCCAAUUUGUUGCCCAUCACGUGCAGCAAUGUGGAGUGGACUCUUCACUCACUUAACAGAAUCUUGGAAUAAUUUUAAGGGUCUAGAUCCAAAUUAUACAACAUGGAUGGAUGUCAUGGAGAGGCAUGGCUACCGAACACAGAAAUUCGGGAAACUGGACUAUACGUCAGGACAUCACUCCGUUAGUAAUCGUGUGGAAGCAUGGACAAGAGAUGUUGCUUUCUUACUCAGACAAGAAGGCAGACCCAUGGUUAAUCUUAUCCAUAAUAGGACUAAAGUCAGAGUGAUGGAAAGGGAUUGGCAGAAUACAGACAAAGCAAUAAAUUGGUUAAGAAAGGAAGCAAUUAAUUACACUGAACCAUUUGUUCUUUACUUGGGAUUAAAUUUACCACACCCUUACCCUUCACCAUCUUCUGGAGAAAAUUUUGGAUCUUCAACAUUUCACACAUCUCUUUAUUGGCUUGGAAAAGUGUCUCGUGAUGCUAUCAAAAUCCCAAAGUGGUCACCUUUGUCAGAAAUGCACCCUGUAGAUUAUUACUCUUCUUAUACAAAAAACUGCACUGGAAGAUUUACAGAAAAAGAAAUUAAGAAUAUUAGAGCAUUUUAUUAUGCUAUGUGUGCUGAGACAGAUGCCAUGCUCGGUGAAAUUAUUUUGGCCCUUCAUCAAUUAGAUCUUCUUCAGAAAACUAUUGUCAUAUACUUCUCAGAUCAUGGAGAGCUGGCCAUGGAACAUCGACAGUUUUAUAAAAUGAGCAUGUAUGAGGCCAGUGCACAUGUUCCGCUUUUGAUGAUGGGGCCAGGAAUUAAAGUCGACCUUCAGGUAUCAAAUGUGGUUUCUCUUGUGGAUAUUUACCCUACCAUGCUUGAUAUUGCUGGAAUUCCUCUGCCUCAGAACCUGAGUGGAUAUUCUUUGUUGCCGUUAUCAUCAGAAACAUUUAAGAAUGAACAUAAAGUCAAAAACCUGCAUCCGCCCUGGAUUCUAAGUGAAUUCCAUGGAUGUAAUGUGAAUGCCUCCACCUACAUGCUUCGAACUAACCACUGGAAGUAUAUAGCCUACUCGGAUGGUGCUUCAGUAUUGCCUCAACUCUUUGAUCUUUCCUCAGAUCCAGAUGAAUUAACAAAUGUUGCUGUAAAAUUUCCAGAAAUUACUUAUUCUUUGGAUCAGAAGCUUCGUUCCAUUAUAAACUACCCUAAAGUUUCUGCUUCUGUCCACCAGUAUAAUAAAGAGCAGUUUAUCAAGUGGAAACAAAGUAUAGGACAGAAUUAUUCAAACAUUAUAGCAAAUCUUAGGUGGCAUCAGGACUGGCAGAAAGAACCAAGGAAGUAUGAAAGUGCAAUCGAUCAGUGGCUUAAAACGCGUAUGAAUCCAAGAGCAGUUUGAACAAAAAGUUUAAAAAUAAUGUUCUAGAGAUACAUAUAUAUCACAAGAUCAUAAUUAUGUAUUUUAAAUGAAACAGUUUUAAUAAUUACCAAGUUUUGGCCAGGCGCAGUGGCUCACACCUGUAAUCCUAGGACUUUGGGAGGCAGAGGCAGGCAGAUCACAAGGUCAAGAGAUCAAGACCAUCUUGGCCAACAUGGUGAAACCCCGUCUCUACUAAAAAUACAAAAAUUAGCUGGGCAUGGUGGCACACACCUGUAGUCUCAGCUACUCAGGAGGCUGAGGCAGGAGGAUCACUUGAACCCGGGAGGCAGCGGUUGCAGUGAGCUGAGAUCACGCCACUGUACUCCAGCCUGGCGACAGAGUGAGACUCCAUGUCAAAUAAAUAAAAAUAAAAUAAUAAUAAUUACCAAUUUUUCAUUACUUUGUAAGAAUGUAGUGUAUUUUAAGAUAAAAUGCCAAUGAUUAUAAAAUCACCUAUUUUCAAAAAUGGUUAUUAUGUAUACCUUUGUAUAACUUCUAACAAUUUAGUGGAAGUAUCAAAAGGAUUGAAGCAAAUACUGUAACAGUUAUAUUCCUUUAAAUAAUAGAGAAUAUAAAAUAUUGUAAUAGUAAUAAUAUUUAUCAUAAAACAGUUUUGUGUGAGCAUUUGAUGGUGCUUGAUGAGUUAUUUGUAUUUGAUGGGACUGUUUGAAUGUAUUUCAUGGGAGUAUCUGGAGUAUUUAACGGGAUGUAAACCCUGGAUGUACCUGAUUUUACUACUGUUUUUUUUUUUAAUAGGUAAUAUAUAUACAGGGUAAAAACUUCAAAUGGUACAAAAGGGUUAACAGUGAUCAUGAAGUCUCUAUCCUUUCUGUCUUCCCUGCCAUCCAGUUCCCCCUCCAAGAAGCAAGUACCGAAACCACCUGCUUACACAUUUUUAGAGAUUGGCCACAAAUUUAUAACCAAAUGUAUAUAUUCCUUUCCCCCUACGCAAACGGUAACAUACUGCACACAUUGUUCUGCGUGUUGCUGCUUUUUCCUUUUUUUUUUUUCACUUAACAGUAGAUAUCUAGAGGUGAAAUUACUGAGUCAAGACUGUAUUUAGCAAAAUUACACUAGAUACUACAUAUUACCUCUAAAGAAGGUAUACUAACUGAUAAUCUCACCAUCAAUGCACGUCUUCUUAUCCUUUGCCAAAUAUUCUGUUUUCAUUUUUCUUAUGAUGAGUAAGGUAGAUCAUAUUUUCAUGUAUUUAACAGCCAUUGGAAUCUGCUUUACCAUGGCCUUUCCUAUUUCUAUUCUUUGCCUAUUUUUCUGUUGGUUGUUGGUCUUUGUUUUGUAUUACAGGCAUGCUUUAGAUAUUAGCUUUUUGUAAGAGAUCCUGCAAAUAUUUUCCUUCCAGUUUGUCAUUGUCAAUUGUCUUCUGACUUUGUUCUGGUAUUUUUUGAUACGUAGAAAUUUUUAUUUUCAUGUAAGCAAAUUUAUGAAUCUCUGUACCCCAUAAGUAUAUACAAUUAUGAUUUGCCAAUUAAAAAUAUUAAUGCAAAAUUUACAAAUCUUUGCUUUUGUGGCUUUUAGGAUUUUAUAUCAUAUUUAGGAUGGCCUUCUCCACUUGGUUUUUUUUUUUUUUUUUGAGACAGAGUCUCGCUCUGUCACCCAGACUGGAGUGCAAUCACGCGAUCCUGGUUUCAAGUGACUCUCCUGCCUCAGCCUCCUUAGUACCUGGGAUUACAGGCCCCCACCACCACAUCCGGCUAAUUUUUUGUAUUUUUUAGUAGAGAUGGGGUUUCACUGUGUUAGCCAGGAUGGUCUUGAUCUCCUGACCUGGUGAUCUGCCCACCUCAACCUCCCAAGUGCUGGGAUUACAGGUGUGAGCCACUGCGCCCAGCCUCCACUUGUCUUCUCUUAGAAUUUUAUUUUUCACCUUUGGAUCUUUGACCCAGAUGGAACAUAUUAAACAUAUUAGAAAUCUAACUUUAGUUGUUUUUUUUUUAAUAUGCCUACCCAUUGAUCUUUUAUUGAGUAAACUGUCUCUUCUCCCAUUGGUAAAAAUGGCGCUUCAUCAUAUAAUACCUUUGGUUGAAUACAUUAUCUUUUCCCCCAUUGAUUUGCAAUGCCAUUUUUAUCUAUACCAAAGUCCCAUUUAUACUUAACGCCAUUUCUGAACAGUUUAUUUUGCACUGGACCAUUCUGGUUUUUUGUUUCUGUUUUGUUUUUGUUUUUUUUUGAGACAAGGUCUUGCCCUGUCACUCAGGCUGGAAUGCAGUGGCACAAUCACUGCUCACUGCAGCCUCAAUCUCAUAGGCUCCGGUGAUCCUCCCACCUCAGCCUCCUUAGUAGCUGGGACCACAGGCACACACCACAAAACCCAGCUAAUUUUUAAAAUUUUUAUAGAGACAGGGUUUCACUAUGUUGCCCCGACUGGUCUUAAACUGCUGAACUCAAGCAACCGGACUGCCUCAGCCUCGCGAAGUGCUGGGAUUACAGGUAUGAGCCACCACACCCAGCCAGACCAGUCUAUUUUUUUAGUCUGGUAGGACUAGUCCCUUUGCAAUAGUUUUCUUUUUUCAGAAUUGUCCUUCCUAGCAACUCUUGAUUUUUCCAUACAAAUUUAGAAUAAGUCUGUCUAGUAACAAAAAUGAAAAGUUCUGUUGGCCUUUUAAAUGAAAUCAUUAAAUGUAUAGCCUACUUUAGAGAGUAUUUAAUUCUUUAUGAUAGUCAUUCUAAAGAAUUAGUAUGUUUUUCCCUUUAUUCAAGCCUUCUUUUAUAUCCCUCAGUAGUAGUCUAAGUUUUCUUCAUAUAGAUCAAUUUUUUUGUAAAAAAAUUUGAAAAGCAGGGACUUUAAAAAAUACCCUCUAGGCCCUACGCUAUACCAGUUGGUUAGAGCUUCUGAGAGAGCCUGGGCCUGCUGUUCUAUUACUGUUGUCUUGCUGGUCAGUCCCUCCAGCCAUGAUUCUAAUGUGCAGCCAGAGGUAGGUUUAUUUCCAGUUGUUUUAUCAGUUACUGUAAUUUUAAGUGAAUCUUCCUUCCAUUAUAUCCUCUAAGGGAAGAUCUUGUUGUUUAUAUGUGCACUCCAUUUCCACAUAUUUAUUUUGUGCUGAACCACUUCAUAGUAAGUAAUAGUUUUUCAAGUGAUAGAUUAUUUUCCAUGUAAAAAUCUUACCUGCAAAUAAUUAUACCCAACUUAAUACUUUUUCAAACUGUC